AUGAUUCCAAAGCAUGGCCCGGAAAUCAAACUUUCUCCUAUCCAAAUCACUCCUUCAACAAACGACCCAAAUCGACCAGGGGAUUUACAGAGCCGGGAAGAUAUGUUUGGAAUUCUAAGGCAAAGAGCAGCGUGCAGAGGCAACCCUGCCAAGGGUCUCGAGCAAGGAAUUCGCGUAGUUGCAUCCAGGGCAUUUUCUUCCUCAGCUAAGGAGAUGACUGUGCGUGAUGCAUUAAACUCGGCACUUGAUGAAGAGAUGUCUGCUGAUCCUAAAGUCUUUUUAAUGGGUGAAGAGGUUGGUGAAUAUCAGGGCGCAUAUAAGAUUUCAAAAGGGCUUUUGGAGAAGUAUGGUCCUGAGAGAGUGCUUGAUACACCCAUAACUGAGGCAGGGUUUGCUGGAAUUGGAGUUGGUGCAGCGUAUUAUGGCCUACGGCCUGUAAUAGAGUUUAUGACGUUUAAUUUCUCGAUGCAGGCCAUUGAUCACAUCAUUAAUUCUGCUGCAAAAUCAAAUUACAUGUCUGCUGGUCAGAUAUCGGUGCCUAUUGUCUUCAGAGGCCCAAAUGGUGCUGCUGCUGGUGUUGGUGCUCAACAUUCUCAGUGCUACGCAGCAUGGUAUGGUUCAUGUCCGGGGUUAAAGGUGCUGGCGCCAUAUUCUUCUGAAGAUGCUCGUGGUCUGCUUAAAGCUGCAAUAAGGGAUCCGGAUCCCGUCGUCUUCCUUGAAAAUGAGUUGCUGUAUGGUGAAGCCUUUCCUGUUUCAGCUGAAGCUCUUGAUUCUAGUUUCUGUCUUCCUAUUGGCAAAGCAAAGAUAGAACGAACAGGAAGUGAUGUAACUAUCACUGCUUUCUCAAAGAUGGUUGGCUAUGCUCUUCAGGCUGCUGAGGUCCUUGCAAAAGAUGGAAUCAGUGCUGAGGUGAUAAAUCUUCGUUCAAUCCGCCCUCUUGAUAGAGCCACAAUAAAUGCUUCUAUUAGGAAAACCAAUAGACUUGUGACCUUAGAGGAGGGAUUCCCUCAACAUGGUGUUGGCGCUGAGAUCUGUGCAUCUGUUGUCGAAGACAGUUUUGAGUAUCUUGAUGCCGCUGUUGAGAGAAUUUGUGGUGCUGAUGUACCUAUGCCCUAUGCUGCAAAUCUUGAGAGGAUGGCUGUCCCACAGGUUGAAGACAUUGUUCGUGCCGCGAAAAGAACUUGUUACAGAUCAUCAUCAAGUGCCCUGGCUGCAACUGCUUGA